AUGACUAAAGUGCAACCAUUUGAUGCCAUUCUUCAUCAACAAACAACAACAAUAGCAACUGAUGACGCUACCACUACCACCACAUCAUCAAGUUCUCAAGUAGAUCAAGUUUCCUUUAUUCGAUCCAUUAAAUUCACGCUCAUCUUAAUGAUAUCCAUUCUCCUCGUAUUGAGUGUGAUUGUUUUGAGUGCCAUUUGGUUAGAAAUUUCCAUGUCCUCCGAAGACAUUAAACAACAAUUCAUUGGUGAUGGAUUGGAUAUUUACAAUCUGAAUGUUGUGGAGAAGAAGACUUACAGUGGAUAUAAGUCUGGUCAAAAACUUCAUAAUGGAAUUGUGAUUUCGAGCUAUGUGGGUGAUAUGUAUAAUUUUUGUUUUGGUUUCAUCACAUGGAGCAAUGGUCAUGCACUAUUUAACAUUACGAGUGAGGACCAGAAAAUUUAUUCAUGUGCUUUACCACUCUCUCAAUACGAUUAUUGUCAAAGAAAAUCCACUCCAGACCAAGUCAUGUCAUCCUUUGAUUUGAGUGUGAUCAUUCAGUCGUGUAUGGCACACCCUAACAAUUUGACCUUCACUCCAUCGUAUGCAGAUCCAGCCAUGCCUCAAUAUACCUUCAUCUCAUUGAUCAAUUGUGUUGAAGAAACCAAUCCAACACUCCUUGCAAAUGGCAAGAAAUUCUCAUACUAUUAUGGUAAUGACUUGACCACAGGAUCGAUCUCUGAGUUUUUGAAAAAACGAACCGAAGAAUUGGUGGGUUCCAGAAGUUUUAUCAUUGAAACUUGUUCGAAUUUUGUCAUUGCAGUUGAUAACGAUGCCAUUUUGUCUACUUGGGGAACUGGAAACACAUUGAUUCGAAAAACCUAUGAAACUAUUGAAGAUGCUACUGUGGUAUCUCUAUCAAGGAGUGCUCUCACAAAUCUUGGAAAAACGUGGAAAGAACUUGCUUGCAAUCAAAUUUUGGUCACUUUGGAUGCAUCUUCCUACAUUUCAGUCUAUCGUUUGUGUACCGUGACCAAUAUCGAUUGGAUUAUUGUAUUGGCAGUUCCUCAAUGGAAUUAUAUUGGAUCGACUGUUAUUGCCAUUGUUGCAUCGGUGUUGGGCUCCAUAAUGAUGGUAUCGUUUGGAGUUCUUGUGGGAAUUUUGUUCUCAAUCAAAAUUGUGAGACCUAUCUACAAUUUACUCGAUCUUUUUGAGAGUGUUUCAAACAUGAACUUGGAUGGUCUUGAUGUUCUUCCAAGUCACUUUUCAGAAGUGAAAUUGCUUCAACUUCAAUUUUUAUCAAUGGUCAAACGAAUGAAGUUGUAUAAGAGCUUUAUUCCUGCACACUUGUUGUCAGAGAUUGAGGAGCAACAAAUAAUGGACCCCAUCACUAAUCAACAACCAUUGACUCAUCAGCAAUACAAGGUUGGUGAUGCAAACAACAGUUCCAUGUCUCAGAGUCAAUCCUCUGUGGAAGAGAGUCACUCUAAAAACUCUUCGUCGAUGAAUGCUCAAAAUAUUCAUCGAAACAGUUCCAAAAAAAAGCAUUCCAAAGAUGUGAACAAGUUUUCCCUUUAUUUGGAGUCAAAGAGAGUUACAAUGAUACAAAUACUUUAUGAAGGAUUUAAUGAUUUACUUCAUUCAAUGAGUCCACAAGAAACCGUCUCACUUUUAAGUGAUGUAUUCGAACAAGUGAAUAGUUGUAGUAGAACGCAUGGAGCAGUUCAAAUCUCUCUUGAAAAUGAUUCAAUCACUCUUGCGUUAAAUGCAACACAAAAACAACAAAAUCAUGAGGAAAAGGGAGCUCACUUGUGUCGAUCACUCAAUGAAAAGCUCUUGUCUUUAAAGUUGAUGAGAUGGAUUGAAUUUUUGAAAAAAAGACCUCAUCUUGCCGACUUGCUUUGUUUUAGAUUUGCAGUCCUUUCACAGGAAUGUUUUUGUGGGAAUCUUGGAACGAAAGAAGUGAAACAGUUUAGCUUACUGAGUAGUGGUAAACACAAUCUACAAACUCUAUUGAAUGUUUCAAAACAAAUGAACAUUUCCAUUGUAUGCUCUGAAUCUGUGCGGAAUAGUUGUGUGAAAUCCUUUCAAACACGUUUCAUUGAAUCGAUGUGCUUCAUUGAUGACACAUUUGUUUCAACCUUACAAGAUUCUCCAAAAAAAGAAACAAAUAUUUAUGAAAUUGGCAUGUCUUUGCAAACACAACAUGAUGAAUUGAUGUAUGAAUUAGCCUCACAAGAAAAGGCAAACGUAUGGAAUCAUUACAACCAAGCAUGUCAAUACUAUUUCGAAAAGAACUAUUCUCAGGCACUUGAAUUGUUUCAAAACUUUUAUUCAAAGAAUUCAAAUGACAAACCUACUGAAAACAUGAUCCAUAAGUGUCAAACAUUUAUGUAA